AUGGCUGUUAAGACUGAUAAACUGUUUGAAGUGUUUGGAGCAGUUGGGGUGCUUCAUUACAGUAAAGAAGAAAAUUCGGUAAACAAAACGAACUUCUCGUGUGAACCUUGUCUCUUUGAAAAUAUUGAAAAAGAAGCAAGUACAUUUUGUACAGAUUGUUCUGAACAUUUAUGUGCUAGUUGUGCUCGUGAACAUAGAAAGAAUAAACUGUCAAGGGAUCAUAAGUUGUUCGAAGGUGAAAAUAUUUCAGAUAAAUUUACAACAAUUGCAGCAAUGAAAAAAAUGAUGAAUUGCCUUGACCAUCCCGACACUGUUGUGGCGUAUAAAUGUGAAGAUCACGAACAAUAUAUUUGCGUCACGUGUUUAGCAGAGUGUCACCGUAAAUGUAAUUCGGUGAAUGAAAUCGCAAAAGCUAAUACCCCUGUAAAUGAGAACAUGCAUGCCCGUGUAGAAGAAACAUUAACUCAACUACAAAACACUUCAACGGCUUCAAAAAGAGAAUCAGAAGAAAAUAUAACCACUUAUAAAGAUCAGCUGUCUAAAGUGCAAUUACAACAGCAAAGUCUUUUCAACAGUAUUUAUGAAAAAAUGUCACAAGCAAAGGUCAAUGUUGAGUCCGAUACACUUAAUCUUGUCUCAAAAGAAGUAAAUUAUCAUGAAAGGAAUUUAACGAAAUGUAAAGAAGCAGAUGUCGAGGGAGAAGAAUUUAGGAAAGUAUUUGAAUUUGUUAUGGAAUCUGGGAACUCUGUUGAGAGAAGUGUUAUCCCUGAUCUUAUAUUGAGCAGAGCGAAGGAUUUGUAUGAAACAAUCAAAGCAGAAAAUAUGACAGAAAUGAAGUCACUUAUUUUUGAAAGUACACUUGACAUGGAAACAAUCAGAAAUGUUGCAAACGUAUCAAUGUUGCCCGCGUCUCUGAAUGAACAACAAGGAGCAAACACUGAUGUAAGUGUGUCAAGCGACGAAAUCCCUAGACCAGUUCAUACAUUAGAAGAAAAGGCAGAAUCAUCGGUGCAAAUAGUUCAAUCAAAAUGUAAUGCCACUACGCAAACUGAUGAAGUGGCUUUGCAGACUGUCCAUUUUGACACACCUGGUGCCUCAAGCUGUACCAAUAUUACACAAAAUCUUAAUAAAAAAGUGAAAACCCCCAGUAUGAUGAAUAGAAACAUAAAUCAGCAGGGAUUUUCUUAUAAAGUUCGAUGCCCAGGAGAUAAAGAACGUUGUAAAAUUUAUGCUAUAGAAAUUCUGCCUGACGAACGAUUAAUUAUGAUUGAUAACGCCAACAAGAAACUAAAAAUCUUCAAAGAAAAUUUUUCUCUAGUAUUUACAAAAGGUCUUAAUGAUCAGCCUAUUGACAUGUGUCAUGUCAAUGACAAGACAAUCGCAGUGUCUUUUUCUAAAUCAGUCGAAACGUAUGACAUUGAAACAUAUAAUGCUCACAGAGUAGGCCAAUUUCCGACAAAAGUUGACGUAUUUGGCGUUGAUAAAGUUGGAAAUGACCAGGACAUUGCUGUUCUUUUUGAAGACAAUGAAAACCCAUUUCUUCAAAUUAGAAAUGCGAUAACUGGUCGUAUAUUUAAAUCAAUCAGUUUUGAAAACUCACGUGGCGUCCCUUAUCAGUUUGGAGUGGAUGGAACUCUACGUUUGCUUUACAGAGACACUAAUGCAAUAAUUGUUUCAGAAUUUGACAAACUUCACUGUUUCAAAAGUACCAGCACUACUGGUUAUGCCGAUAAUAAUGAAAACGUUGUUCAAGAAUCUUGGUUCUAUAAAAGCCGCGAUGAGGGCUAUUUGACAGAUAUAACGGGUUUGGCAACAGACGAAGAAGGACUACAGGGGACAAGCAGCUCAUGA